AUGCUACUUCGAUGUCUUGAGCCAUUAUAUCGUCCAUUUCAAAGGUGGGCAUUGACUCAAUCCGAUUGUCUCGAGUCUCGACAGUAUGUGAGUUUGUACAAUUACGUGGCGUUCGACGAGAGCGAAUUGUCAAAGCUGCGUCGCCGUCUACCAAGUGACUGGAAGGCGUUGGGUGUGAGUCGCAGGGUCGACUUGUCCUCGGAAAAGAUCAAUGGACAAUUGGAACUACCUCAGUACCAUGUGACAACGCUCUCGACUUCAUUUCCGACAGAUUUCAUAAGGCGUAACAUGUUUUACGGCCAUUCGCAGUCAUGUACAAAUGCCGACCAUCCCUUUUCCAAGCCGACCGUAAAGAUUCGGAAGCAAGUAGUGCAUGAUGGUGUCCAGGGUAAAGAGCUAAGUUUGCAGAACUCCAGUCGUUCGUUACCAACGACAACGCAACGCCAACAGCAAGCAACUUGCUGGAUGCCGGUGAUACCGAAUGCGCUGUACGUCAGCAAACGACCACAAGCUCCACUAGCAAGAAACUCUCACACGCGUCACUUCACUGCUUCAAAUUGUCUCUACAAACAUAUCGGCAAUUGUGAGCUUCAGACAGCGUACGUUUACGGUCAAAGCAGCUCUCUCGCUGACGAAGCGUUACUUCGAGACUUGCGGGUGGAGACGACACGAAAUUGGCCCAAAGCGGAGCAAGUGAUUGACGAGAUGCAGGGAAAAUUUCUCUCUUUCCUCGUUCAGACUACAAAGGCCCAACGCGUGCUGGAGAUCGGUUGCUUUACAGGGUACUCAGCAUUAUGCAUCGCCAAUGGCUUGGCCGCGGACGGCUCCCUCGUGACGUGCGACAUCGACAGUGCCGCGAUGCAAUUCGCACAGAGUUUCUUUGACAAAAGCUCACAUGCAGACCAAAUCACCGCCGUGAACCAAGACGGCCUCGAGUAUUUGAAAACUGCUGCCCUGUCUAUUAGUGCAAAACAGCAGCCGUUCGACUUGAUCUUUGUAGACGCCAACAAGUGCAAGUACCGAGCAUACUACGACUUCAUCUUGGAGCACAAGGUGCUCCAUCCAUCAGGCUUGCUGGUCUUUGACAAUACUCUGUUUCAUGGUCGCGUCGCUGCUUGUGCUCAUGGAUUGGCAAGCAGCAAAGAGCGUAUCGCCCAUAGCUUGGCCGACUUUAACCAUUACGUGGCGCAAGACGUACGGACGACGCAGGUCAUUGUACCAUUAUGGGACGGCCUCACAUUGAUCCAAUACAACAAGAAGGAAACAAUUGAAGCUGAUAAAGCAAGUGACGCUUGA